AUGAGCAGUAUAUAUCAAAUGUGGAAGAUCUUCGAAGCACAGCAGGCGACUAUCAUUGAUCUCCUCGCAAUGCUGCAGGAAGAUGUGAAGCAGACAGGCAGUGAUUUGGAAUUUAUAUUUUUCAGCGCCGGUACGGCACUAUCUGUACAUGAUAGAAUGAAGCGGCUGGAGGACAUGAUCACAAGAGCAAAAACAGAAACAACAACAGCAGCCACUGAUGCAUCAGCAAUAGAAGCAACAGCAACAGAGGCACCAGCAGCCACAGAAGCGGACAAGGCCGAGCCGCAGAUAAAUAAAUUAAUAAAUAAAUAA